AUGCCACCAAGUCUCUUCCAAGCCAAGCAGCUGCUGCUCGUACAUUUAGCCCUCCUUCUUCAAAUCAAGAUUUUAAAUGCCUUUAUGUUCCUGCCCAACGCCAUAUCCCAAUUAGACAACUACGUAGCCGACUACAACGCUUGUCAUUUCAAUAGCAGCCAUGUUCUCGAUAUACAUUAUCCGGAUUGCCACCUUGCUGGUUUCCUUGCCCACAGUGACCAUGAGUCUGAUCCCCGUUCGCAAUUAAAUAGGUUUGCAAUUACUGUACGCGAUGAGUAUGAUUCUCGUGAUCCUGCAAACUUUUGUGUAUUAUGCUAA